GCAGACUUCUGAGAGCUACACGACAUGUUUUAGUGGGGAGGUGUAUUUAUAAUUACUCGAACGAAGCUUAUGAACUGAGUACAGGGGUUGUACAGUGGGGACAUUGCUCUACAUUGCUCUACAGAGUACUUUUAAGAUAAACUCAGCUCUUUGGCUUUCUGUUUGACGAGGCUGCUCCUUGUAUAGAAGUGACACUAGGAGCAGAAUUAUUAACUUAAAAUUCCUAGGUGUUUCUUCGAGGCUAUUGUAUCUAUAUAUAUAUAUAUUGGCUGUGCGGACAGAAAGGAAUUGCCAGCAUGUUUAUAGCUAGUCGGGUAUAAUAUGGUUUAGCACAAUCCUUGGGCCAUGUUUUUAGUGAGGAUAAAGAUGUGUUUUUGACAAAAUCACCUUAGUAACGAUGCUUAAUGUGCUGCAAGUGGAGUAAGGCAUUUGAUAUGCAGUUCAUUUGUACAUAUAGGUGACUCUGUGCAAUGCCUUUAGGGUUAGGCUUGGAGGGUUAUGGAAUCAUUUUAAGGAACUGUUAUUUAUGAACUGGGAAAGGACUGUCAUUUCUCAAAGGAGAUGUAUAUGACAAGGAGAAAGCCAGCAUUGUACCUCAGGGAAGACAGCAGAUCAGGAUUGUUUCUGGGGUUUCUACCUAGAAAAUGCAGCAUCUUUAAUUUGUUCCUGACUUGCUUGAUUCUUGGGUUUCUGUCUAUGCUCUGGCUACAACUCAGCUGUACCGGUGAUGUGAGCAAAAGAGGAACUCAGGAUGAAAUGUCUUCCCAGAAGUCCUGCCCCCAGGUUCCUAGAACUGUGAAUGAGGAUCCCUCAUGGGGUCCUCACCGGCUUGCUUUGCUGGUUCCUUUUAGGGAGCGAUUUGAAGAACUCAUGAGCUUUGUCCCCCAUAUGCACCAGUAUUUGUUACAGAAAAAAAUUCUCCAUCAUAUUUUUAUCAUCAAUCAAGUGGAUCAUUACAGGUUUAAUAGAGCUUCUCUGAUUAAUGUGGGCUUCCUGGAGAGCGGAAAUGAAACGGAUUACAUAGCUAUGCAUGAUGUGGACCUUUUGCCACUUAACCUUGAUUUGGACUAUGGUUUUCCAGAGAAGGGACCAUUCCACGUGGCUUCCCCAGAGCUGCACCCACUUUAUCAUUACAAGACGUAUGUGGGCGGGAUUCUGAUGCUCACCAAACAGCAUUAUGAAAUGUGCAAUGGAAUGUCCAAUCGAUUCUGGGGAUGGGGUAGGGAAGAUGAUGAGUUUUACCGGAGGAUAAAAGGAGCUGGACUACAGCUCUUUCGUCCUACAGGAAUAAGCACAGGAUACAAAACUUUCCGUCACAUACAUGACCCUGCAUGGAGGAAACGAGACCAGAAAAGAAUUGCUGCUCAGAAGCAGGAGCAGUUUAAAGUGGAUCGAGAGGGAGGUCUGCACAGUGUGAAGUAUCGCGUGGAAUCCCGGUCUGAGGUCACCAUCAGUGGAGCCCCAUGCACAGUACUGAAUGUUCUCCUGGAAUGUGACUUAGGGGACACACCAUGGUGUGCCUUUAACUGAGGUGGAACAGCAAUUUCCAGAAAGGCUUCAAAGCAGCUGCCUAGCAACUUUUUCACUCAUUGACUGGAUGUGUGACAUUUUAGCCAAUCAUGAACUCAGAGACUUUUUUUUAAUAUAAUAAAUAAGACAAAAUUCCA